UGCUGUGCAAAGUCAACUGCUGUCCCAGGCACCGGCUUCUGUUUGCUUUGCCUUUGCCGAGCUGUUUGCUCUAUGAGAACAGAGCUGAAAGUAGCAAGAGUGAGUAGGCUUCUCAGGCAUCUGGGAAGCUCACCGGAGCGCCUGUCACACAGACAUGAAGACAGGGACCCAGGCUUGGAGGACCCUGGCAAAGUCAUGUCUUCUCUGCGCUGCCCUGGGAUGUCUCCAUCUCUCUGGGUCCAGAGGAGAGAAGCCAGAUUUCUUCGACACAGAUGCAGCCAACCAGAGCCUCGUUAAGAGCAGACAAGCACGGAGUGUGGAUGUCCCUCCAGCGCCCAUUGACUGUAAGCUAUCCAGCUGGUCCUCCUGGACGGCGUGUGACCCCUGCCAAAAGAAAAGGUACAGACAUGCGUACUUGCUCCAGCCCUCCCAGUUCCUUGGGGACUUGUGUGACUUCUCUGACAAGGAAGUUGAAGACUGUGUCACCACUCGGCCGUGCAGAAGUCAAGUGCGAUGUGAGGGCUUUGUGUGUGCGCAGACAGGGAGGUGUGUCAAUCGCAGACUCCUCUGCAAUGGGGACAAUGACUGUGGAGACCAAUCAGAUGAAGCGAACUGUAAGAGGAUUUAUAAAAAAUGUCAACAGGAAAUGGAGCAGUACUGGGCGAUUGGCAAUCUGGCCAACGGGAUAAACCUGUUCACAAAUACUUUUGAGGGUCCAGUUCUUGAUCACCGGUACUAUGGUGGCGGAUGCUCCCCUCACUACAUCCUGAACACCAAGUUUAGGAAGCCGUACAAUGUGGAAGGCUACACCCCACAGACCCAAGGCGAGUAUGAAUUCGCAUUUACAGAAUAUGAAUCAUAUUCAGAUUUUGAAGGCAAUAUGACAGAGAAAGAAGAUGGCAAGUUUGAUUUCAAGUUCGGUUUUAAAAUACCUAGCGUGUUUGAGCUCGGGGUUAAAGGAGAAUGCAGCAAAAACCAACAUUACAUGAGCAGAAUAAAACGAUUCUCCUACACUAAAAGCAAGUUUCUGCAUGCGCGCUCUGUCCUUGAAGUGACUCAUUACAAGCUGAAGUCCAGAAGCCUCAUGCUCCAUUACGAAUUCCUCCAGAGGGUGAGGAGCCUACCCCUCGAGUACAGCUAUGGGGAGUACCGAGAUCUCCUUCAGGACUUUGGGACCCACUACAUCACCGAGGCCGUGCUUGGGGGCAUUUAUGAGUAUACGCUCAUCAUGAACAAGGACCUCAUGGAGCGAGGAGAUUACACUCUUGACCAUGUUUCUACCUGUGCGGGAGGAGGUGGCCACAUUGGUGGUAACUUGAAAGUCCACCUCAAAUUGGGUGUGUCGGCAAAGAAAUGCAAUGAUAUUCUGAAUGAAAUCAAUGACAGAAACAAGAGGACCACCAUGGUGGAAGACUUGGUGGUUCUCGUGCGAGGAGGGGCGAGUGAGUACAUUACCACCUUGGCGCACAAGGAGCUGCCAACAGCUGAACUGAUGCGGGAAUGGGGAGAUGCUGUACAGUACAACCCAGCAAUCAUCAGACUCAAGGACAGCAGAGCCCACUGGAUAAACAAUUCCCGUGCCACUGCCUGGGUGUCAUAAAUUGUCCUUUGAGAAGACCUGAGAUGAGAUUUCUGCAGCUGCAAGAACAAGAAAGAUGGAAAUUAUGUUCAAGCUGCAAAAAAUGAGCACGCCUGUAAAAUAGAAAAAUGGAAGUAAAUUUGAGAAUGCGUUUGCUUUGUGACAACAAUAAAAUUCAAGAAAAUGAGGAAUUUAUGAAAUGAAAAUAGAAGCUGAGCUGUUUAGACACUAAUCAGAUGAAAAGAAAGUAGCUGGAUGUGGGGAACCAGGGACGCAAGGGCAGAAUUAAAACCCACAUUGGAAACUGUAAAGAACUGAGUUGACACUGCAGAAAAUUGAGUCGGUGAUGUGGAAGGCACUAUAAAAAUGCUCUUAUAAUGUGGAAACAAAAGACAACGAGAUUAAAACAGUGAUGGGAAAGAAAGAUGAUGGAUAGAGAAGAGAAGUGGGAAUCUAAGACAUAGAGAGUCCUUCCUGAGCAAGCCGCGAGAUUAAAUGUGUGCAUAUAUCCAUCAGGCGUAGCAGAGAAUCUGCCCUGCACUGACAACACAGGAUGAACACGGUGCUAAAACUCAAACAGAAGUACUGAAAACAAAACAAUCCUGCUGCCACACACCCCUGCUGACAUGUUUUCCUUGUAGGAACAAAUGUAUCCCCCAGUAGUAAAAAUCAAACGCCAGAGCCAUUCCAACGCGCAGCGUACCGGCGACCCUGGUCUUGAAAGGAAAAAGCUUGCCACCUGGUGAAAUGCUUCUCAGUGGGUGAACUCCAAGGGCAUUUUGAGACAAAACAAAAACGCAAAACCCAUUGCCAGAUUUAGCUGAUGAAAAUACGGAAUAGCCAGCACUGAACUUCAGAUAAAGAAGGAAUGAACCUCUGGGUAUACGCAUCUCUUGUGUAUUGCACAAAACAGAACAUACUACUCUUCUUUAUUUUUUCUUUAUUUAUUUUUGGUUUUUCAAGACAGGCUUUCUCUGUGUAGCAUUGGUGCCUGUCCUGGAACCGGAACUAGCUCAAAUUCACAGAGAUCUGCCUGCAUCUGCCUCCCGAG